GCCAUUUCGGUAAAAUCGCGAGAAAUAUCAAAGAGCAGUUAGUGGCGUUCUCGGCCAGAAUUUUUCAUUUCCUACCGUCCAAACAACACGAAACGCAAAUUCACUACAAAAUUUUCUCCCUCAUUUGUUCUUAAUCUUCCAUUUUUUUUAUUUUUGCCACACCUGGUUCAGGACUGUGAUUGCCGGAGCUUUGUUUUCCCUCCAACUCUCUGCCGCAGACAUCUCUCCAUUGUUUUAUCAGCCUCCAGCAUCGGUGUUUGAAUGAUUGGCAACCUUGUUACGAGUAUGUAAUUGAAUACUGGGUUUUUUGAAGGGCUUGUCUCAUAUUCCUGGAACCAUGGAUUUAUCUUGUAAUAUUUGGAAGCAAAAUGUGUUAUCUGGUAGUGAAAAAGCAUAUUGCAAGACGUUGGACCAGUUUGGUCCCAGCUAUGUGCUUAGAAGUAGAAUUAUUGAUGCCAAGUUGACUGGAGGUUCAAGGGUAAUUUAUAAAGUGUCGAAGAAAAGAAACAGAAUUGUAGCUGCGAGCAAUUCCAAUCAUUUGAGUCUGGUUUGUGCUAGCAAGUAUGAUGGUGCCUUGCAAAUUUGUAAGCACAAAAGAUUCUUGAAUUGUAACAAAACAUUUGGAAGAAGGAUGGGCAUGGUUUAUUCAGAGUGUCAAAGCAAUGAUUCUUUAUCAUUUAUUGAUGGAAAUGGCAGAAAUUUGGAAUAUGUGGGUACUGGUGAUGGAGGAUCCAGUUCUGAGCAUACUGAUGGUUUAGGGUCAGCUGGUUCCAGAGAAGCUGGUGGAGAAGCAGGAGCUGUAGAAACGGAUGCACUGACUGUGGAUGAGCUUAGAGAAUUGCUGCAAAAGGCUAUGACAGAAUUGGAAGUUGCGAGACUUAACAGUACCAUGUUUGAGGAAAAAGCCCAAAAAAUAUCAGAAGCAGCAAUAGCUUUGCAAGAUGAAGCGGCCAAUGCUUGGAAUGAUGUGAACUCUGCUCUUGAUUCUGUACAACAGACAGUGAAUGAAGAAUAUGCUGCCAAAGAAUCUGUUCAAAAAGCAACCAUGGCACUUUCAUUAGCAGAGGCAAGGCUUCAGGUGGCAAUAGAGUCAUUGGAGCUGGCAAAAGGAGGAAACGAUUCUCCUGAAACAUCAACAGAAAGUGAGGGGGAGAUUGAUGGCAAGGAAAAUCAAGAAGUGUUGUUAGUUGCUCAGGAGGACAUCAAAGAAUGCUGUGUUAAUUUGGAAACUUGUGAUGCGGAAUUGAAGCGCUUACAGAGUAAAAAGGAGGAGUUACAGAAGGAAGUGGACAGGCUGACUGAGUUAGCUGAAAAAGAACAAUUGAUUGCGUUGAAAGCUGAAGAAGAAGUGUCAAAUAUAAUGCUUUUGGCUGAGCAAGCUGUUGCUUUGGAACUUGAGGCUGCCCAAAGGGUCAGUGAUGCUGAAAUAGUUUUACAGAGAGUGGAGAAAUCUAUAUCAAAUUCUUUUGUUGACACUUCGGAAACCACACAGGGGUCAAAUAUUAUUGAAGAAGUUGCUAACGAGGACAAUAAGGCAGUUCUCGAAAUUUCUGGUGAUAUUGCUGUUGAAAUGGAUAGAGAUUUGCCACUUAUUGGUGAUUCCUUAGUUAUCAAAUCUCUUCCAGGUAGCUUUUCAGAUUCUGAAGACUCUGAUCAACCGUAUGACUUAAGUGAUAGUGAGAAUGGAAAAUUGAAUUUAGAUUCCUUAAAGGAGGUAGAAUCUGGAGCAGAGAAGUCUAUUUUGAGUCCAGCAAAAAAGCAGGAAACACAGAAGGAUUUGACCAGAGAAGGCUCAUCUUUAAAUUCCCCCAAGGCUUUAUUGAAAAAAUCUUCUCGCUUUUUCUCAGCAUCAUUCUUUUCCUUUUCGGCUGAUGGGGAAGAGUUCACUCCAGCAUUUGUCUUCCAGGGUCUCCUGGAUUCCACGAAAAAGCAAUUGCCAAAGCUUAUUGUUGGAGUAGUACUGUUAGGAGCAGGGAUCAGUAUCUUUGCAAAUCGAGCAGAAAGGAAUUCUCAUAUGUUUCAAAAGCCUGAUGUUGUCACCACUAGCACUGAUGAAGUUUCCUGGAAUACAAGACCUUUAUUUCAACAAUUAAGUAAACUUCCUCAAAAAGUGAAAAAGUUAAUUUCAAAGAUUCCGCAUCAAGAGGUGAAUGAAGAGGAGGCUUCACUGUUAGACAUGUUAUGGCUGUUGCUUGCUAGUGUUAUAUUUGUGCCAACAUUUCAGAAACUUCCUGGAGGAAGUCCUGUCCUUGGGUACUUGGCUGCUGGAAUUUUAAUUGGGCCAUAUGGUUUCUCCAUAAUCCGUCAUGUGCAUGGAACAAAAGCAAUUGCUGAAUUUGGAGUUGUUUUUCUCCUGUUCAACAUUGGCCUGGAGUUAUCAGUUGAGAGGCUAAGUUCCAUGAAGAAAUAUGUUUUUGGGUUAGGGUCUGCACAGGUUUUGGUUACAGCUGUGGUGGUUGGCUUGAUUGCUCAUAUUGUCUGUGGGCAGCCUGGCCCAGCUGCAAUUGUCAUUGGAAAUGGUUUAGCUUUGUCAUCCACUGCUGUUGUCCUUCAGGUGUUGCAAGAGCGAGGUGAGAGCACUUCGCGGCAUGGGCGAGCCACAUUUUCUGUCUUACUAUUCCAGGUAUCUUGAUUAUUUCAAUUGUAUUAAUAUUCUUUUAUUUCAUGUAAUUCUGCUCUUUUCCAGAUUGGUUUUCAAGCCAUUGCUGAAGCUCUUGGCCUGGCUGCUGUUAAGGCAAUAGUUGCCAUUUCUACCAUUAUAGCUGGUGGGCGCCUGCUACUACGACCAAUAUAUAAACAAAUAGCUGAAAAUCAAAAUGCAGAAAUAUUCUCUGCCAACACAUUACUUGUCAUUCUGGGAACAAGUCUACUUACUGCCAGGGCUGGACUAUCAAUGGCGCUAGGUGCCUUUCUAGCAGGUUUACUACUUGCAGAAACGGAAUUCUCCUUGCAGGUCGAAUCUGAUAUUGCUCCCUAUCGUGGCCUUCUAUUGGGUCUCUUUUUCAUGACGGUUGGGAUGUCUAUCGAUCCAAAACUUCUUCUUUCUAACUUUCCAGUUAUCAUGGGGUCUUUGGGGCUUCUAAUUGGUGGUAAGACUAUAUUGGUUGCCUUGAUUGGUAGACUUUUUGGUAUCUCAAUUAUAUCUGCGUUAAGAGUUGGGCUGCUUCUUGCUCCUGGUGGAGAAUUUGCUUUUGUGGCAUUCGGUGAAGCUGUCAAUCAGGGUAUAAUGUCUUCUCAACUAUCCUCUUUACUGUUUCUUGUUGUGGGAAUUUCUAUGGCCCUUACGCCGUGGCUAGCUGCUGGUGGUCAGUUAAUUGCUUCUCAUUUUGAGCAACAUGAUGUUCGGAGCUUAUUACCUGUUGAAAGCGAGGUAAAAAUACUAACUAAUCNUAUCAUUCUUUGUGGAUUUGGACGAGUUGGUCAGAUAAUAGCCCAGCUUCUAUCAGAGCGACUGAUUCCCUUUGUUGCCCUUGAUGUGCGAAGCGAUAGAGUGGCUGUUGGACGUGCCCUGGACCUUCCCGUGUAUUUUGGAGAUGCUGGGAGUCGAGAAGUUCUUCAUAAAAUUGGUGCUGAAAGGGCAUGUGCUGCUGCAAUUACACUGGAUUCACCGGGUGCAAAUUACAGAACCGUUUGGGCUCUAAACAAGUAUUUCCCUAAUGUUAAGACUUUUGUUCGAGCUCAUGAUGUUGAUCAUGGCCUUAAUUUGGAGAAGGCUGGGGCAACUGCGGUGGUUCCUGAGACGUUGGAACCAAGCUUACAGUUGGCUGCUGCCGUUCUUGCUCAGGCUAAACUACCCAUGUCGGAGAUUGCUGCAACGAUCAACGAGUUUAGAUCCCGACAUUUAUCCGAGCUUACCGAGCUAUCUGAAGCCAGUGGAAGUUCACUUGGGUACGGGUUUUCUCGAAUCAUGAGUAAACCGAAAAUUCAAACCUCUGAUCCUUCAGAUGAGAACCAAGUCCCCGAAGGAACACUCGCAAUAUGAUAUCAUCAAUUAACAGUCGAGACGAAACAAAGAAAGAAAGAAGUGGGGGUCCAAUAUCCAAAAAAGGAAGAACAAAGCCUUCAAGAGUGGACUAACAAUUUCACAUUGGUAUAAAAGUGUACAGAAAAUUGGGGUAUUGAAAAGAGGGUUAACAACAUUGUGAUCAACCACAUUUAGCUCUAUUAUUAAUUUUGUUUUCAUUUCUUCU